AUGUCAAAAAUAUAUCAUUUCUUCAAAAACAUAGCGAAGCCUAUCUUAGAUGAGAAUACAUUUUGCAAAAUAUGGGACUUUCUAAACGACUGUAUUUUUAACAAUGUUUGGAUAGUAACCCUGAUUAUAAUUUUUCUGGGAGUUACUUUUGAGAUAGUCCUCAUAAGAACUUUUGAAUUUUUUAAGAAGAAGCUUGAGCUAUGGGAAAAUGGUAGUUCGUGUUCUCAGAAGCAGAAUGAAGAUAUUUUCCCCAAAGAAAUGGCAUAUGCUAUAGAGAGCUGGUCGAUUUCCCACACAUCUUCCAUGGAAAGAGUUGAAACCUUUUCAAGAAGCAUACCAAGCAGUCCUCCCUCUGAGGAGAUUAGAUAUAACACCAUAGAAAUGACCAUUUCGUCCGAUGAAUGGGAACAUCACAGAAGCCAUUUUUGUGAAAGUCGCGCAUCUUCAGGUGGGACCAAUACCCCUUUGCCAAUGUUUCACCCGAAAGUAAAGAACAUUUUCGCGAAUUCCUUUCACAGAAAAGAUCCACCAGGUGAAUAUCAAACAGUACCAUUUUCCUCCAAUAAUUUAUGUCCAACAAUGAAAACCAACGGCACAAAAACUUCCCUUCCUGAUGCUCUUAAUUUGCAACGUGCCUUUAAAUUUACAAGAGCUAAGGAUCUCCACAUGGCACCAUCCCCUCCUGUUCAUUUCUUUCUUCCUAGUGAUCAAAUUAGACGCGUGGAAGAAAAUAUAAGGAGGAAAAUCUCUGUGAACGCCAAAGCUAGAUCAUGGAGGGAAGCUGAAUGUCUGUACCCCAGAGCUCAAGAGCCAUCGAUUCAUUCUCAUUAUUCGCAUAAGGAAGGGGUUAUUCCCGGUGAAGCACGAACUACUUUCCCACACCAAAGUGCUAUGCAGCAUCAAUUGAUUCGUGAAGCACAGUGUGCUAGCCAAACCCAACCAUUCAUUCAUGACCAGGAUUCAGCCAGCAGCCAGCCUGGUUCCUCUGAACCUGCAUAUUUUCUGAGACCGCCAUUUUCUACCGGUACACAAAACUCCUUCCGGGCUCAAGAAACAGCCCAUGAAAAUAAGGACCACCCUUUCAAUCACACCCUAUGUAUUGCUGAAACAGAAUAUUCAACCAAGGACAUAGAGUCUGCUGAACAUUUCAGCAAGACUCAAAAUUCUGUUUAUUUUAAUGUCCAAAACAAGAGUAACAAUUUAGUUAAAGGGCAAAAUAGGGUUUUCCAGAAUGCUGAAUUUUUGUCUUUAAAUUCAAAUUUAUUGGCUGAAGCUAUGGCACAACACAAGGUCGCACCAGGCCAACAACCAUUGGCUUCAUUGGAAUCAAACCAGUAUGAUGCAUAUGGUUCAGUGCCUCUCUCACCUACCCUCAAAAGGCAGAGAAAUGGGAGAAAGACACCAGGCAACAAAAGAAAACUCAGUCUUAGAGUUCUGCCUCCCAAAGCAAAGCAAACCUAUCCUUCACGGGUGUUUCCAGUCGCAGUGUGUCGUACUCCAGAAAACAAGAUAAAGCUACGGCGCAAGAAGAAAAGGGCACAUCAAAGGGAAAUAAUGUCGGCUAUAGCUUUCCAUCUCAUGUCUGUCUGGAAGCUUACCACUCCGCAUGAUAAAAAGUAUUUCUCAAAAUGUCUAGUGGCCAUUAUUCCAGACCACAUAAAAUGUGAACAUUUUCCGCAGAAGUCACUAGAUACAGAAAAAAUCAAUUAUACAAAUUCUAAUGAUACAGUAAGGUUGGGCACUAUUGAAAACACAGAACACUCUUUCAUGGUCAACACUCCUGAACUGGCAGCUCCUUGUUUAUUUGACCUGAACAUUCCAAAGCGUGAGGGGCUUUCAGGAGUGAUAUCAGAAUCUGCACAGAAAGAUGCUUCAUUUCCCCAAAGAGAAUCAAACGGAGAAACGAAAGUACAGAAGGACAUCCAAAAUACAGAGAAUGGAGAGAAAUCAGCAGUCGGUACAGCAGACAUACAAAAGUGCUUUUCAAAAGGUAGUGUACAGAAUGCCAAAAAUUCAGGGGAAAUCAUUCUGAACUUCCCAGGUAUCAAUUUACUUAUUUCACUGGGAUCCCAAAAGCAUGAGGAAAAUGAAUUCAAAGAUAUAAAUGUCCAAGUGAUUACGGGAAGCAUAGAUCUGAAGGAAGAAAAACCAUUAAGGGCUAAUAUUAAAGACUAUGGUAACCCAAGUGAGAGUGAGAAGCCAGAAUGUGACACCAGAAGCAAUAGAACAAAGAGACAUCAGGAUGAAAGGAUGUCAGAUACCUAUCAUAAAACCACGCAGGCUACUGUUUCUCAACCCUUUGAUAUGGAAAUGUGUAACAAAUUAAAAGCCAACGCAGGCACAGUGACAAUAAACUGUAGUCAUGCUGCACUAAAGCAAGAGGAACUACUAGAUGGAAAGAAAAUCCAGGAAGUAACGCAUAUUGACAAGAGCUCCAGACUUAGAAAACCCCAAGAGUGGGACCGUGAGGCAGAGGAAAAAAGAGAAACAGUUGGGCCGCUGGCAGAAACCUUCAGAGUUAGCAUAUGUCUGAAGCAAAAAGACAAAUGUGUCCAGGUUGAAGCGGGACCGAUCCAAUCAGGAAAAAGAAUUCAAAGUCCAAAGAAAGAAGCAGAGUCUCAGACAAUUUCUACAGAGACAGUGUGGGAGACCGGCCCAUGUCCCUUGACAAAUCCACUACAAGCUGAGCAAGUAAAGCAAAGGACAGACAAACCUCCAGACAGAGACAAGGCUGCAAGUCCCGUGCACCCAGCUUUAAUGCCAGAAAACUCACCUGCGGCUGAGGGUUUAAUUGAAACUACCGGACACGAGGCCCCAUUCUGCGGAAAGCCCACACAAACACCAGAUGGUCAAAUUACAGAAGACAAAGAAGACUUGAAAAAGGACUUAUGUGCAGUUGCCACAGGACCGUUCAAAGUCCGAAAAAAAUCAUCAGAGCCAAAAAACGUUCUCGGUGUCAAGCACAAGAUGAUUAAUGUGAAAAAACCUGCAUUUUCCUCGAGGCCUCCUGUCACUGCACGUGACACUCUGAACCAUAAGAGAAAACUGAGAGACAGCUUUGAAAGAUUCAUUAAACAAACACUGCAUGAUGUAACAUUGGCACCUGUGCUUCUGAAUGUUCACCCUCAGGGGUCUAGUAUUCCCAGUAAUAAGACAAAUAUCAAGACAACACCCCAAAAAACACAAGUUGAAGAGAAAGAAAAGAAUUUGGAUUCCCUUAAUAAAGAAAGCAAAACUGCAGACACUCUAGAGGUUCAGUUGUGCCAGGGUGUGAAAUUGGUGGAGCAAGGCCUGCUGGAGACAAUGGCUCAUGUUAAGAGGAAGCGCACACAUGAUGCACAUCCCGUGAAGGAGAUUAAGACGGAGAAGGAAUUGUUUCGAGGAGUAUCUUCCUCUGAAGCAACUGGGGAAUCAGUUGACUCACUGAGAAUGGACUCAUUUUGUGCUGCAAAUACAAACACUAGCACAUCUAUACAGGCAGAGCUCCAGUAUAGUGCAGAAUCAGAGUUGGGUCCUCCAGCAUCGGGAGAAUUACUGACGGGAGACCCUCUGAUCCAAUCAAGAGAAAGGAAUGUUCCAAGUAGUAAAAAUGAUACAAGGGAAAUCAGUUGUGGUUUUACCCAAAAAGCUUUCUCGUGCAUGUCUGUGUUGACUCAUUCUAAAAAGAAGAAAAACCCAACAAGAUUCACAAAUGAGAGCACCGUGAGGCUCAAGUAUAUGAAUAAGGUGAAACCACCAGCCUCCAAAACACUCAGUACCACCGGCAAUAAAAAGAAUCUAAAAUUGGACCUUAAGACCAAAUUAAAAAGGAUAAACCACGCUAAAUCAUUUUUACUCGAAAGCCAAAACACUCCUUGCUUAUUCAUCGAUAGAAGAUUGCAAGGAGGGUUCUGUCAUGCUCAGCUAAAGCAAGGAGAACUAGCAAGCAAAAUUAGUGUUGAGAGUGUUGCUGAGAGUAGAACAUUCUACAACAGAGAGAAAAAACGUCAAGAGAAACAAGAACCUUUUGUACAGGCAGCUCCGCAGCGUGACCAACACCAGUGGGCUGCUCCCGAUCAAAGGAAGGACACUCUUCCAGAUGAGCCAGACCCGUCGCCGAUCUCUUUAAGUCAAGAGCAACCUGUUAACCGUCAGGGUGUAAAGUGCCAAAGAGAUUCCCUGCAAAGUGCUCCGGAGGACAGCCUCCAAACGGCUCCCGUCCUAGCUGAAGGAUUUCAGAAAACUACCAAAACAGAAAAUGUUGGAAACGUCCCUGUGGUUCCUAAAAAUUUCUCUCUUGAAGCAGGGAAUUCUUCACCUGGUGAAUUUACAGACAUAGCAGACAAUGAUUUAGAAUCUGAUGAAAAGUCUGAACACGAAUUAGAUUUGUAUCCUGUGGGGAAAGAGUCAGAGUCAUCCAGAAGUCUGCAGGUGACGUGCCUACAGUCUUCUGAUUCUGUUACUAGAUCCUUUGCUUCUAGACGUAAAGAGAAGAAACACGCACUUAGAAGAUCAAAGAAGCAGAUAACAGUGAGUCGUCAAUACAGAACCACGAGGGAAAUAAAGACAUUAGAUUCACAGACAGUUAACUUCAGAUACAGCAACAAACUAAACCACGUGGAGAUGACCGAUCCGCAGCAGAGGGGUAGCAUAACAGGUGCCUGCUUGGAAAUCAUUCACACCUUUAAGGUAUACAUUUUGUCCAACAAAAAAAGGAGAAAGUCAAAAUCACGGGCAGGUAAACAGAAAAUAAGACGACUUGGUUGUAUGCAGCAAAUGCGAGAGGAAUCCCCAGAUGGAGGAAACGCACAGUGUCUGGCUUCUAUUGAUUUAAGCAAUUCCUCUAGCAUGAAGAACGAUGAAAAGAAAGGGGAAGAGGAACCAGAAUGUUUCCUGAUCACACAGAAGAGCCCUCCCCUUAUACUUGAUGUGCAUCAAGAAAAAGACCAUGACCUUGUUAAAUCAGAUACCCAACUGAACCAAGUGGGAAGGACAAUUACUCAGGUACAACCACAGACACCUACAGAAGUUACUUCCUGUUCUACCCUAUGCCCCAUCCCAGUUGAAUUUCAAUUAGAAAAACUAGAGGACAGUGCAUUAUCGGAAAGAGACAGGGAUCUGUCCGGUGACAGACAACACACGCGGCAGGCUGCAGACAGUGAGGCGGCACAGGGGCCACCUGCCUCACACACGAGUCCAAAGCAGGGUGGGGAAAAGAAAUGCGACACAGCCAAAAUGAACAGCAGGCAUCAAGAGGAAAAACUUGCAGCCGAAACAUCCUCUUUGACAAAUGUCGCACUGGAUAGUAAUACAAGCAGCAAGACAGACUCAGAAAAAGGCACACCAAGUGAAAAGACGCCCUGUUCGAUACAAUGGAAUCCAGAGAUACUGCUUCCUAAAGGAAAGGUUCCUUUAGAUGACAUCAAAAAAAUUGAUCUGCAAGAUAAAGAAGAAAAGGAAAAUGAUGAUGACACAUUAUUAAAGCCAUUCUCACAGGAGAGUCGACAUUUUGUCUCUUGUCCACAUCAAAGCAGGGAUCCCAACUCUCAGAAAUUAAGAGAACAAAGAGAGCAGAACAUUCGGUUCAUUGGAGAACAGGGCAUUCCACAGCAAAGUCAGUCAGCAGAUCUAACACGAAGAGAGUGUGCUGUGUGUACUUCAAGUCCAAAGGUUCCUCCCAUGCAACCAGAGGAAUCCCAAAUAGAUGAAGUUAGCACUGAUAGAACAAAAUAUGACAUCCCUGCUGAUGAAACUCAUGCUCAGAAACUGUACAGUUGGGAUAGAUUGGAAAGAGAAGGGCUUAAAAAUGAUCUACAAGCAACCAUCACAGAGUCUUUAAAUCUCUUACCCCCUGAGGAGCUAAGAUACAAAAGGAAAAGCAAGGUAUCUACAUGCAAAGCCUUACAAGGUAAAAUGUGUUCAACUGGUGUAACUAUGAAAAGAAGGAAAGCAUUUGUUUCAAAGACAUUGAAUAUUCCACAGUGUGGUCAUAGAAACAAUCUUCUUCCAAAAACCUUGAAAUCACUGAUUUCUGAAUUACUAAUACAGUCUGCUAUCUUGCCUGAUACUCUUCAUAUAAUAAUAUCAAAAAAUUCAACAGCAGAGAAAAAUAAAAGAUCAUUAACCCAGGAACUGGCAGAAACAAUGCUAGGGUCUUUGAGCUUCUCCACACUUACAUCAAAAGAGAGAGAGAAUUUAGAAAUCUUGGACAAGGGAAAUGAAAUAAUUAACAGCUCUCUAACUGUCAAAACCAGGAAGGAAGCAAUCUCCCAGACACUUAUUGCUGCAGGAUGUGGAACUCCAAAGCAAGGUAAACCCAUGGAAGGUUCAUCCGUAAAUGUCAUCUCUCCUACGCCUGUGUCUUUUGAUCUUAACACAUGUGAUGGAAUAAAAGAUAGGGAUUUGAAGAGCACAAUGAGACUUAGUUGUGAGCUUCUUGACCAGUCAGUACAUAAAGAAAAAGCUUGGUGUACACACUACAUGGACAAGGAUACUACCUCAAAUGGCACUGAAGAUGUCCAAGGUCAAGAAGGUGAAGAGGACCCACUGACUUCCCAGCACGUCAGUUUCAGUGCUCAGAAUAUGACAGAGCCUAAUUCUACGCAAUCUGGAUUACAACAGAUUAAUUCAGCAACUUAUCCAGAGCUAGAGAGACCCCUAUACAAUGGGCAAGCACAGCCAGUCAAUGUGAGUACCCCGCAAAGCAACACGGUGAGUGUAUUGUCUCCACUUCUAAAUACAGAGGGAUCUGAGAUUGGCUCCAUACCCUGUGAUACUACCUGUGAUGAAGGGCCCAGGAGAAAAUGUGACUACGCUAUUUCUGAACAGAAAGCAUGGGCUGAAAAGGACUUAACAUCUUUGGAGCCUUUACAGGAGCCUAGCCCUGUGUCAUCUGAAUCCAAAUGCGAAGGCGGCACAUUAGAGUUGUCAGGCAAAAAAUAUAUAAGUCCCAAGGCAAGGCAAGCUUCAAAGCUGCUUCAUAUUGCAAGGCCUUAUAAAAGAGUCCAUAGAAAGAAUAGGCACCAUAAGGGGAAACACCCAUUGAAAAGGGAUAAAUGUGUGGAGGAGGCACUGCUUUAUGCUGUUGAAGAUGCGGAGAGUUGUCCACUCAAACGCCCAACUGAUGAACUUUCACUUGAUACAGCAGCAAGAGCUGCUUUUUCUAGUAGAAUACCUCAAAGAUCUAACGCAGAGGAAAAAGCAAGCUUAUCCACAAAUUUCUUGAGACCUUUCUAUUUUUCCAUACCUGUUUUAUCUGACUUUAAAAGCCAGGUGGACACAGUAAAAUUAUCAGAAAACGAAAUUAUGUUGAAUAGGAAAUUUUCAACCACGAAGAAAAAGAAGAUAUCGGUUUCGAAGAUAAUUAAAAUGGAUGGACACGUUAUCACAAACCAUAAGAAAUUUAAAUUAAGAGCAAAAAUGAAAGCAAUAUGGCUCAGUGAAAGUACAACCGGUGUGUUUCAAAACAUCAUCCACUUUCUAUUAACUAACUCUAAUGUGGGAAAUCCAACCAAAACAGAGAUAGGUUUGGGAGUAUCAAAGUCUACCCAUGCACGGCCAACACAUGGGGCAUCACUGGCUGAAGGCAUAGCAGAGUGUGAGGAUUCUGUUGACAAAGUUGGUUCCAACUUUUUAAAGGACGCUAGAGUGCAUGCUGGGCAAUGCUGGGGAGAGAAGCAAGAAGUGCUAACAGAACCUGACCCAUUUUAUAGGGAAAACCUAACAGCAGGUGCACAUCUCAUGAAGAAACCCGGUCUUGAGGAGUCAAAGGGAAUACUUUGCAGAGAGUAUUUGCCACAAACAAGUCAAACUUACGAGGCCAGCCCAGAAAUUAAUGUAAAAGUAGAGAUCAAAAGCAUGCAAGUAAGCCUCAAAGAAGCACACUCAGGUACGGAGAAACCUCACAAUUGUCCAGAAGUCAGUGAAUCAACCAAACAUGGAGUAAAGAACACUGGCCAGUCUUCUUUAAAAGAAAAGUCUUCAUUUUAUUUGACAGGCAUUGUCACUUCUAUUGCCAGGCAUUUAAUUGCUUCCAAAGACCUUAAAAGGCAUAUGGGUAGCAUGAGAGCACCCAACCUGUCAGUGUAUAAAGGUAUACCCUCACAGAUGCAGUCAAUGGAGUCACAGUCAUCACAUGGAUACCAUGCUGCUGUCAACAUAAAGAAGACUCGGGAUUCUAGAACCUUAGAGAUAAAAGUAGAUAAUGGUGAGGUAAAUACAGAUAUGAAAUCCAUCUACACAUGUAUGCCAAUUCAACAAACAAACAUGGAGUCAUCACAGAACAUAUGGGAUAUGUCUGAGAAAUCUUCAAAAGGAAAUGGCCUGGACAAAGCGCAAAUGAAGAGGAAAGAAGAGUUUGCACAGCUGCCACAUGGAGCAGAUCAAAAGAGACAACCUGGUCCUUUCAAGUCGGACGUGCAUUCCGCUAACACGGUGCACUGCAAGGAUAUGCUUCAGAAAACAGCUAUUUAUUUAAUAGAUCAAGAAGGAAAUGCAAAAGUCGGAGAAGAGUUUAACCAAGAGGUUGUUCUUUCCUCUAAUACACAUACUCUUCAAAUUGAAAAGCAGAACAGUGAAUUUAAAACAGAUUGGAAAACAAAGUCCAAGUCUUUGGCCCUGCCAAGAAAACAGGAAAAGCCUAAUGUCUUAGGACCUACAUGGAGUUCUUAUGCCAGGGACACUACCUAUCCUGAAACCAUAAGACAGAUAGAUGAGGCAAAAAUACCAAAUGUGAACAUUACUGUGUGUGCCAAACAAACAAAGCUGAAGGCGAAGAAAAUAUCGGUUCGUCUACUUCUUCGACAUGGGGACAGUAGCACUAAAAAAGAACUGGGACUUAGCCUGCAGCACCAGCACCAGAAUGCAUUAGAGCGGAGGAGAAAUAUACAAAACCUGGUUCUAAAAGCUAGUUUGAGCUUGGGAUGCAUUAUAUCCCGAGUUACAAAGCUUACCAGUGUAAAACUGGAGAAAGGCAAGUUGGGAGGAAGAAAAAACAUUCUUCCACAGAAAAUGAUGGAGAAACCAUCCAACCAAAGGCAAAAGCCAGGGUCAGGAUGUGUUGAUGUACCUAGGAAACUAGAAGAAAAUAUGAAAGAGGCGCAUGAUGACCGCACUUUCAAGGACAUUCACCGACAAGUUAAACAAUUUUGGGUUAAGUCAGAAGAAACUAAAGAGCAUCACUCUUGCAAAUUAGACAAUUUACAAAGAAAGACAAACUCUGAGUUAACUUCCCAGAAAGACGAAACUGAUAACAUUGGGCUAGCUACCUCCAGAAGCAGAGAAGGAACAAAAGUCUACAUUGGCCCACAAGACAGCCUACAACAGGACUAUCCACUGAAGCAAGGGGUGAUUCUUCAGACGAUGAAGGAAUUUCCUCAUUUUGGAAUGACAAACAAAUUCAUGAAUAAACAAGACAUCAAAACAUCAAGUCCACAGAUGAUAGGAGAAAUGGAAGUAAUGGAAAACCCAUUCGAUCCAAAGGAAUCAUUGCUUAUUCCGAGGCUUAUGGUACAGCAACAAAAUAUGUUCACAGACCCUCUUCCAGGAUCCAUUCCCUCUCAGGUACCAUGCCAACCUCAUACUGAAAAGCCAAAGGAAAACAUGAAAAUAAGUGACAAACUAUUAAAGAAUUCGACUCCGCAACUGAAGAAAAUCUCAAAUGCAGAAUAUAUUUCAGAUAUGGAUCACGUUCCAAGAAGUAUUGAAAAACUAUUCUUGCUUAUUAAAGAACAGGGAAAGAGGAGCAAAAGAAGUAGAGGGGGUAAAAAUUUUGAAACGGCAGAAGACAUAAAAGUAACAAUGAAGAAUCCCACUCCGUCUCCAAAUAAUCCACCACCCAGGACACAGUUUAUCAACACAAUGAACAGUGGUGUGCUCGGGCAAAGAGAUGGGACAGAACCAAACGGCAGUGUGGCCACAUUGUGGAUUCAGCAAAGGUUGUGUGUACAAGGGACAAGCCUAGACUAUGUUUACACGCAGGAGCUGACGUCUAAAGUUAUACGUCACAACAAAAGAAGAGCAGCUUUCACGGAAGGCGCCCUGAAUCACAAAACGAUAAAAAUGAAGCCGAGGAAGACAGCCUCUAGCAGCUUGCUCAGCGUUACCAGACACGGAGCCCACGGCUACAGAAAGGAGCUAAGACCCAGCAUUAAGCCACAGAAGGAGCUCCCCCAGGGGAAAACUGUGGCAGACUUACUGUGGAAGGAUUUUUGUGCUUCUGGCUACCCUGUGUCUCAAAUUAAAAAGCUUAGAGAAGUAAAAGAGGGGAAAGGCAAACCCCAAAGGCCAUUGAACAGAACUAAUAUGUUAUCUAUGCAGCCCAUUGAUAACAAUUCAACAUUGAGCACCAUCAGAAAAUCAGUACAAUAUACUAUGAAGCAAAAAGAACACCAAGUGCUUUUACUAGAUAUUACCCCACGGAAUAAAGAUCAGUUCAUGCCUGGCCAACAAGUGGAGGAGCCUAGACAUAUCAACUUGGGUGUCCAUUUAGAAAAAGAAGCAUACCGUAUAGUGUUUCCAGAGACUGCAGAAACUGAUUCCAGUAGGCUUAAAGCUCAAAGGCCCAGAGCAGAUACAGAAUGUGAAUUCUUGACUGCACAAAGAGUAGAGCAAGGAGUUAGGAAAGACUCCACCAGACACGCACUUUCAGUUCCACCCAGAAGAGGAAGACCCGAGAAGAGGAAUAUUUCAAGUUCCAAAGAACAUGAUGUAUUUCUCAUGGAACUGGAUACUUUCCAGAAAGAGACAUGCAAGGUCCAAGAAUUGUUUAAACAAGGAGAGUCUUCGCUGGCAGGCUUGGAGAAUGUCGCCUGCCCCUUUAGGGAGCCCUUUCACUUGGAAAGCGCAAAGGUAGCUAAGGAAGUGGGUACAGAUCAUAACGUAAACAGUAUUUCCCGUCUACUUGGACUAAGAGAAACUGACCCAGAACUAGGUUCCCAAGCACAGGCGUUUCUCUGCACAGAUCUACAGAAUCUACACAAAACAGGCACAGCUCUGCAAGGCCAUGCAAAGUCGGGUCACAGGCCUCGAAUCCUUCUGAAUUCUGCACCUUGCCACAAGAGGGCUCCUCGUCACUCAAAACCAAGCUCAAGUACAACAAGGAAAGACAGUGGUGCCAGUGCCACAGGUGCCAAAAUCAAUCUCAAGGGCAAAGGAAAAGCCGAAUCAACUACCAUCCCACUAAAAUUAAACAGACAGAAAGUGGAGAUUUCAAAAAGAAUCAGGGCAAAACAACUGAUUAUUUUUGCCCAGAACAAAGAACAGAUUAUGGAAUUUUUUUUAUCUUGUGUAUUAUACAAACUUCAGACUGAAAAUGCACAGAAAAAAAUCUCAGCAAAAGCAGCACUAGAUUCAAAGAUGUUAAACCCGGCGCUAGAAAAAGCAGCAAGUGAAGUUAAGAUUCUAGGUCACUCUCCAAGUUCAGAAGGAGUUAACCUGCAUGCUAAGGGUGGAGUCGAGCAUCCAGAGGAUGCGUGCGAGCCUAUUCCGGCAUCUGGCACUCACAGCUUGAUGGAUACACAUCAAAUUACAUCACCUCAGGUAGAGAAAGAAUUAAAAACAGUAGACAAUCUGGACUAUCACACUUUAAAUACAGAAAAGGAAGAACAUAAUGACAGGACAAAGGAACAAAACCAUUACCACCUAUCAUUUUCCCUCAAGAAUUUGGAAAAACAUCUAUCAUGUUCCUAUGUCCAGCCACAUUUAGGACCUCACACAAAGGAAGCAAUGUUAAAAGUAGGCAAUGUGUCAAGCAAGGUAAAGGGAUCAGAUUUGUCACCUAAAGCUCAACGAAGUACCGGGUGUGAAUGUAGACCAAAGUGGAUUUUGCCCUCAGUUAUUCUAGAGAAAACAAAAGAACAAGAUCCACAGCUGCCUUUGGAGUCAGGCAGUAAAACUAUAAAAUGUCCAAGCCUUUUGUCAUCAAAAAAAUUAUCUGAUGGGGUACAGAUAAGUAAGUUGGUGUCAAAUGAUAGCUCAGCCAUGCCAACAGUCAGCAAAACGGAACUGUUACUUAGAGCAAGUCGAAAGAAGCAAGAGGUGUGUCUGUCUAAGCUGUUCUUACACUGCUUUUCACUAUGCUUGAAGUUUUUGCAUGAAAAAUGGAAGGGUAACAUAGAACCCAGAGUUAUGAAUGACACGAUACGCCCUGGAAGAAAAACCCUAAACUCGAAGAAAUUAGUACGUCCACAUAUUAGUCCCAAUGAUUCUACCCCAGGCAAUCACACAGAGCUGCACUGUUGCAAGAAAGAGAAAAUGAUAUGGCUAAAACACAAAAAGGAUAAACCAGGUUCCGUUGUAAUAAAAGCACGGGAUUCCAUCCCUUUACCUCACUUAAAACUGAAUAAAGAGAAAAGCGAUGUGCUUAUCUCAAGUGGUAUAAGACAAGAAAAACAUAAAUCACAGGAAGAGAAGAAUGGCAUAAAAGGAACGGACGUGAAGGGAAUAAUGGUCUCUAACAUUACCUUCAAGACAGAGGAAUUAUCACUGUCUUAUCCUUUCAGUGGAAAGAAGUUAACUUUACGGUUUGACAGUAGAGAACAACAGGGGAAGGUACGAGAAGGGUUGAGUAAAUCAGAGAGAAAACUGAAGAACUCUUGUAUUUCAUUACCACCUCUGUUGCAUCCUAAUUUGAAGUCAAGAAUCAAAGUUGAAAAAGAUAAGUCAGAACAACUAAAGAGCUGCCUUCCACCUCUAAAGCCCUUGCCAUCACUGAACAGCAGAAAAGUGCCAUUUUCAAAGGCAUUUAGUAGAGAUAAGUUAUGCAAGUUAAUAGAAUUAAAGUAUGCUCCACAGAGGAAAGAAUAUGGAAAUAAUAUCGUACAUUUGAAAGAUAGACUAGGCCUCAUAGUUAUUGCUCAAAAGGGAAAGACAUCACCUUUUAAAUAUUUACCACAUGGAAAGGCAAAAUGGUGGGACAAUAAAAAGGAACCAACACAGGAAGAAGAAAAAAAUACAGUCAGAAAAGAUGUGAGAGACAAAAAGAUCCCCAAAUUAAUGGAUCAAAAUGUAAAGAAAUUAGCACGAUCACAUGCGCUCAGUAUCAAGGAGUUACAGAGAGAAACCCAGGAAGAAAAACUUGUCGAUCAGAUAAACACAGUUAUAGCAUUGUCUGUCUCGCAGUUGCAACUCAGUAGAUUUUCAGGUACACAGAUAGUUGAUAGAGAAGUUCACAAUGAGAUAAACGUAUUGAAGGAACAUGCAGCACAGGAAGAAAAGGAAGGUAGGGAAAAGGAUGGGACUGUAAACAGCAUAAUGCGUGCCGAGGAUAUAUAUUCAAAGGCAAAGAAAUCACCUACUUUACCUAUGCAGAAUUUGAAUGACCUUCAGAGGAAAACUAGAGAGCAAGGGGGAGAGGUUGAAGAAGAUGGAAGUAAGCCAGGUGUAAGAUUAACUCAGAAGUCGUCUAAGACUUCUGUUGCUACAUCUCCCCAGCCUACCCUUACUGUGAGUGCCAGAAUCAAGAAAGAUUGUACAACAGUGUUAACAACAUCCUCGGUCUCCUUGGGAUAUGCCCAGAACUCGUUAGUUUCGGAAGGAGGCAUUUACAUACAGCAGAUUACUGGAGAUACUUCAAUUAGUCUACAAAAUGAAAAACAGCCCAUGUCAGAGGAAAAGGAAGAAGCCGGAAUGCAAAUAGCAAAGAUCAUAAGAACUCACACGUAUCAAGAAACACUGGUGCAGGAACUGAAAGACGAGGAAGUCUUAGCUCUGACUAAAUCCUCUCCUUUGUUGCCAGAUCAGUCUCAUCCCAAAUUGUCUGAGAAAUCAGAACUCAAUGACACAAAACUAAGACUUAGAAAUUCUGCUUUGCAGAGGUCCUCAACUGAAGGAGAAACAGUACCUAGAGAGGCCAUUGUUGGCGAUACUAUGGAAGAUGUAAAAAAACAGCAUAUAUCUCAGAGAGAAGAGACAGAUCAAAAAGAAAUAAUAGACAGGCGAGGAGUCGAUGUAACUUUGAAAUUACACAAAUUACUUCUGGCCCAGAAGCUCUACAGAACAGAACUACAUAUACACAUCAAUGUACCCAAACCAAAAGAACAAGACGGAAAAAGUGAACCUCAAGUUUUAAGAAAAACGCAUACUUCUCAACCUUCUCCAACCAAUAUUCCCUUGUGUAAAGGUGUGCAAGUCGAUGAAGAAAGGCUACGAAGUACACCAUCUUCCCCAGAUGCAGAGAAAAUAGUUGACAAAGAGGCCGUGUGUGGUCCUGUCCGAAAAGGAAAACAAUGUAAAAAACAGAUAGACAUCACAGUAGGCUUGACAGCUGGGGUGCAUUGCAAAAGGACAAAGGUCUCACCAAUUCCACAUCUCCUUAAUACCAAGGAAAUUGUCCUGAAUAUGAAGUUUCUAGAGAAAAAAGUACACAACGGUAAAAGUGAACUGGCUCUGGUUGCAACACGAUCUUUCCUGUCCUUGCCAUCACACCCUUCUGAGUAUUCACAGGACAAAACACAGAGAGGCACAGCAAAAGGUACGGGACACUCUUACGUACAGGGAAAUUUCCAAGAAGCAGCAGGUGCCCAGGAACCAGCAACCAGAGAGUCAGCUGUGGCUGAGAGUGACUGUAUUGUUAAGACAACAGAAUAUAAUGUGUUACAGGAGUCAAAGUCCAUGACCAGAGUCCAUCAAAUAAGUGAGCUUCCACAAGUUGAAAUGGAAUAUGAGUCAGACCCCCAAGAUCAUAAAAUUUAUCUCACGAGAUUACGCACCAUUAAAAAGGAAAAAAUGCUGGACAUGUCCUUCGAAGGGCAAAAGGGUCAGCCGGAAAAAUGUGAAAAGGAACCUUCAACUAAAAUUGGACAUUGGGAGAAGGAAAAUGAGUUCAAAGAUAAUUUAAGUAACAAAACAAGUCAUAAGUUUUCAGUUUCUCCAACAAAAAUAUCACUCAAGGAAGCACUGCUCACAAGUGAUACCCUCGUGUGUUCAAAACGAUCUGUGGUAGAGAGAAAACAGGAAACUGGUUCAGGUAGUUUCAUGACAUCAGAGAAAGACAGACAGAGUAAUGCUUCACUAAGCAAAAUGUUAACUCCAGCAAAGAUGUCUCAAAAUAAGGAAGAACAAAAUGUUAACAUGGAAGAGCAAGCCACGCCUCAGUCCAAGAGUGGACAGAUGAUAAAGCCAAAGUCCUCCCCUCCUAAUGUUCCAGUUCACAGAAAAAAUCAGAGGACACAAACAGAUGUGGACAAGAAAACCUCAGUGACUAUCAACCUGCAAAUGCAGUCGAGGGUACACAUGAGUACGACAGAGUUUAAUGCCACGAGAAUGAAAGAAGAUUCACCAUCAAUUGUUCCGGAACAGGAGCAAUGUGAUCGAGCAUUGCCUCAGAAGUCCCAUGAGUCUUUGCUGAAAUCUGAACACCUGGAAGAAACAAACACAAGCUCCGAUGAAAAUGUGAAGAAGACAGAACCAGAAAUGGACAGCAAGUCUUCUGCGAGUCAGAAAGAAGGGGCGUUAAAAACGGGGGUAGCUCUAGGAGAGGGCAGAAGAGAAACGCAGGAGAGCUGUAUUGUCCAGCUGGAGAUUAAAGCCAGGGAGCACAGCCGCACUACAAACUAUGCUAUUCCUCCAGCAACAGAGGAACCUGAGAUUGAGACUCAGGUAGGCACUUCCAGAGAGAAUGGCUCCCCACCCCAGGAAAAGCUUAAAAGGGAAUUAGAGCUAUCUACUACAAAGCAAAACAUUCAAGGACAAAAACCGCUUCAAACCAACAUGCCCAAUUCAUUGUAUGUUUAUAUUCCUGAUUGUCCUGAAAGCCAGAAAAGCAGAUUUGCAGAAACACAUCUGAAAAGAGAACUGAAACCCAAAUAUUUAACCAUGAGAAUCCCAAAGCACCCAAUUUCAAGGACACUUGGUAUCAUAGGACGUGGUAGUUCAAGCAGGAAGAGGAAAUUAGAAUAUGCCUUCAACAAACCAAAAACCAUGGUUCCAAGUAGUACAUCUGCGGCAGGGAUCAUCGUCAGAAGUCUUUGUGUUUCCAUGAUAAGUCCACCUCAUAAUGAAGGAACAGUAGAAUUGGAAACAAACCCAAGAAGGGAAAAGAAAGUCUGUCAUUCUGAAAUCCAGAGGAAAUUAUCAGAUGCUAGAGACACGAAGGACAUCUUGACAGGUAUAAAAGAACUAAGUAAGCUAAAUAUUCAUUUAGUUUCUAAAGCAACUGAGAUAAAACUGAGUCAGAUACCAGAGAUGGUGACCAUAUCUUGCCGGAAGUGUAACUCUCCAGCCCAAAGGACUACUGCAGAAGAUUACAGUUGCAGGCUUUACCUAAAACAUAUAAAAUUGAAAUUUACGUCUCCGAAUGCUAGUACUAUACAUGAUAACUUAGAAAACAAUUACCAAAGAGAUUUUCCUCCUUUUAGCUGUGUAAAGACAAUGAAUGUUUCAAAUAGCAGCAAGGUCAUGACAGAAGCAAAGGGUAUCAAAAAGCAAGAAAGUGUAACAUCACCAGAAACUCGGAGUCACAUUCUCCAGAAGUUCUCAGAGAAAGGAAGGGACAACCUUCUUUUGCACUUUGAAACAAAAGCACUGGAGAUAAAAACAACCAGGCUUCCCAGAAUUGUAGCCCAGUCUUAUGCAAUUGCCAGUGCCCAAGAUAAAUCAAAACCCUUAUUUACGUGUAUCCAUUCUGCCACCAAAGAACAGAAACGAACAAACAGAGUUUUAGUACUUUUUGAUGAAAAAUCUUUUUGCAAAAUCGACCAUGAUCUGCAAUGCAAAUACCUCCGCUCAAUCCCUAGGCCUUCUGUCCCUGUGGUCUCUAAAGCAAAUGUACUUCCCAAACACACGUACAAGUUAGACGUGGGUUCAGGCUCAGAAUGUAAAACAGCAGAAGACAGAGAAGAAAGUAGUAGUCUUUUGUUGGACACAGACCUUUUACAACAUGUUCCUUUCCAAAAGAAAAACCCCCAAGAAAGUUCAUUCUUGACCAGAAAAUUCCAGGAGCCACCCUAUGUGCUUGCCUUUUCCGCUGGUCUACAAGGCACAGAACCGAAUGAUGUGAUGAUUCCUUCAGAGUUAAAAUUACAGAUGACACCAGAAAAGGAUAAACAAUGUCAUUUAUGCUUUCAAGAGACCAGUUCAUACAAGCAUAAUAAUAUUUCAGGAACUCAGCAAAACACUGCUGAUUUAGCCAGUUCACAUUCAUCUUGGAUUUCUGAUGACGGGACCAAUGAUGGUCCCCUAAAUACUGAGACUUCAAGUGACCUGGUGGAAUGUCCAGCUUCUGACCUGGCGGAAUCUUCUGAAGAAAGUGACAGUGAAGAAUGUGUGUUUAUAGGAAACAAUGUUUACUCAAUUAAGGGUUCACAAAAGUUUCUGUUUGAGGUACCCAAAGCAAUUUCAUUGGCGGAUCUUCACAGGGUGGAUGGAGCAACUCUUUUGAAAUCAGUUUACCGUGAUGAUCCAAAUGACCAUCAUACUAGAACCCACAGAAAACACACCUCCCCUGUGGCCCAACCUUGCCCUCAGUCUGGAAAUCGUAGGAAACACAGGUUAAACUCCAAGAUGCAGUCUCCUGACGGGCUGUGUCACAACCCAUCCAAUAUUGUGAAAAUAGAGUCAACGACAUCUUCCAUCACAUUCAGCGAAGACAAGCACCAGACCAGGACCGCAGGGAGCAGAACAAGCUACUCUUUAGCCUCCUCAGCAACUGAGUCGACUACUAAAUUGAAUUGUGCAAAAAAAUAUGGCAAGUCUUAUAUGUACCCACAAGUCAAAGAAAGAAGGAAGGCUAACUCUGAUCUGUGGAGAAAGUUCAAUUUCUUUCAGCAUUCAAAUUAUAGUCCCUCACACAGUGGAGAGGGGCACGCAAGGAGGAAGAGACUGUAUCAUUAUGAAUCAGAAGAACCAAACUCACCAACCAAUCAGAUGCCAGAGCCAAGAGCUCAUCAGGAGAACAUCAAAUUCUAUCCAGAACGAAGAGAAAACCAGCCCUUUUUUUAUGCUUGUGUACCAGCAGAUUCAGUGGAUGUUAUCCCCCAAACCAUUCGCUGGCUUGUCCCCUCCAAAAUCUUACAGAAAAGCAACUUCCAUAUUCCUCAAGUGGCAAGUAUUUCAAAACCUUGGGAUCUGUACAGUUCAUCCAAAAAGCUGUUGGGAUCACUUGCAGGGGCCUUUAAUAUAGUCCGUCAUGGUUGA